AGGUUGAUUUUUGUAAGUGGAUAUGUAAAGAUAUGUAAGGAUAGAUAUGUGUAAGCAAGUGAAAUUUUCGGAAUGUCCGACAAUUGGCGUGUGUCUGAGGCCCUGUACGUUGGUCUGUGCGGUUAUACAUUGAGGCACAGACAGAAGUGAACGUCAGAAGGGGGGUGUAGGAUAAGGAAACCCGCUGGAAAGUAAAAUAACUCGAAGAACGGAGUGUACGUGCAAUCCUUGUUUGUCUGAAAACCAUGUUAUGCGUGUGUUUGUAAAUAAGGACACAUAUAUUGAAACUUAAAUCAACAUCAACCUGUUUUCAUGUAAAAUAUUUGGAUAUUAUUGGAAAACUAACAAAAAUAUCGAACAGUUGUACAUCACAAAAUGUCUGACAAUAUCCGUGUGUCUGAAGCCCUAUUUGUGGGUCUGUGUGAUUAUGUAGGGACACCGACAGACGUAACCGUCAGAAGGGAGAUGCAUGACAUGGUUGAUAUUAUAAACAAACCUGUUCAUAAAUAUCAAGGGCGUGGAAUGAUACUUAGCGGAAGUUAUAGAGAAGGAUUUAGAGUAACACCUUCUGACAUUGAUAUAAUGUAUUGGUUUUUUAAUCACAAAGUGAUUACCGACAUCUCACAGUACUGUAUUUAUGAUCCAUCAAAACAUUCAGUUAUUCUUAUGGAGGACAACGAUACACCACCAGGGUUUGUCAGACUACGGCUCAUAACAUCGCCAGCAGAUGUAAACAUCGAAUCUUCAAUUGUUGCGUUUAAAGAAGGAAUGUACAUUUCAAAUAUUAAAUGGAGGCGAAUUAAUUUAGAAUUGUGGAAAAGUGAAAGUGCACAGUUUGACAGUGUUGCACUCCACGGUCCUUGUGCAGAGGUAAUAUGGAAAUCUUUACAAACUGAUUUUUGUCUUUGUUUUCACAGCUCAUUUUGGUCAGAAUUUCUCUCUAACUUGACAACAAGGUGUGCCUUGCACAGUUGGCCUCCGCGUCAAUUGUUUGAAGACAUUCAUAGAUGUGGUUGUCACGUUGUGCCCGUCGAAAGUAAAUUAUUAGAGGAUAAUUCUGAAUUGGAAUGGAGGUUGUCAUUUUCCCAAGCAGAAAAAAAACUUGUAAGUUUCCUGAAUCGCACCCAAUUUCUAUGUUAUGGUUGCUUAAAGAUAUUUCUUGUGGAUAUCGUCAAUCGAAACACAGAGGAACCAUUCCUGUGUUCAUAUUUCAUGAAAACCACUUUGUUAUGGUUAAUACAAGUAGGAAACAUCACUUGGUGCCCUGACGGUUUAUUGGAUUGCUUUUGGAAAUGUUUCAAAUAUUUGCUACAUUGUAUUUAUCAAGGUGUGAUGCCAAAUUUUUUCAUUCCACAAAACAAUAUGUUUGCCGGUAGAUUAGCCAACAUGAACGGAGUUCGUGCACGAGAGUGUCUGUUGGAAAAGUUGAAUUAUUUCUACGAAACGGGCAUAUCGUUUUUGCUUCAAAGUCCUGCUUUUCGAUCAAUCAUUAACCGGUUUAUGUUUAACAACUGUUUCAGGCUAUUACCAGUUAGAGAGCAUUUUAAAGAUAUGGUAGAAAUAGACAAAGAGGUAAAAAUAGAAUUGAAUACGUUCAAUUUUUUUGCAAAAGACAUUGAAAUUUGCUAUACCUAUUUAAGGUCUAUACUUACUUUUUCACGGUACCCAAUUACAGAAAACCAGAAAUUAGCGUUACAAAAAUGCACAGUUGAGGUUCUUGUUCAAACUGCAUUUAUACAUUUCAAACGUUUUCCAAAAACAACAAACAAAAAGCUCUACCGAUCAGACAGACUUAAUUGCAAAUUGUUAACGCUGGCAGGUAAAUUCGGAUACGUUUCUGAUUUGCUGUAUCUUGCUCUGUAUUACUUCAGAACACUUAGAUAUAAAAAAGCAAGGACAGUAACAAACCUGGUUAAAUUGAAACUCUCAAAACCUUACAUCAUGUAUGAAAAUGUAGACCAAGAAACAUACAAUAAAUCUGUAGCAAGAUGGUCCCUGUCCAAACGGAUGGGUAGGGCUUGGGCAGAAAAUAUCGACAUGUUAAGUGUGUUAUGUAACUACAGACUAGGUUACCGGUCCAAGUGUCUACAGUCACUGACAGGCCUACAGACAAUGAUGCUGUAUGAUGACGGGAGUUACGUACCUUUACAUACCAGAGACCUCUCGUGGCAGAUACUGGGGAACUGUCAGCACGUUGUGGGGGAUCUACACGGGGCGUUACAGAGUUAUCAACAGUCACUGAGACAGGAACCAUUCCACAAAAUACAGGAUGCCACAAAAUAUAGAAUAGCCUUCAUUCUUAAUCGAUUCAAUAAAAAAAUUAGCUGGAAUUUUCUGAUCCAUGUAAUCGAUUGUUUUUAA